AUGUAUACAGUAAUGUAUAUCCCAGCUCCCCUGUACUCCAUUAUAGUGAUAUGACAUGUAUACAGUAAUUACUUACUCCUUGAGUCCCCGUGGCGGUGGAGAGGGUGUCUCCUCUCAGCGGAGGAGAGCGGACCUCUCCUGCUCCUGUCCCCUCAGCGGCAGUGCCGAAGAAGCCGGAAACUGGAACUGUGCUUCACAAUGAGGCUUGGAGCACAGCCGCUCCAUCAUCUGUGCUCGCCGCUCGAGAAUUUCUCCUCGCAUUUGGCAAGCGGCUUUUUCAAGCCCUGCCCUA